AUGAUUGUCACUUCAAAUAUAGUGAAUGAUCUGAACACAGCCUUCUAACUCAUCAAUAUGGGCACAAACGAUAAAAUAAGACAAGGGGAGCAAUUGCUAUAACAAAUACGAGGUGACAUCCAAUACCCCAAAGUGUUAUUCGAUUAUUUCUAAGCUUAUGAAAUUAGUCUAGGUCUUCGAGCGGCAAUUGAGUUAAAAUUAUGGUUCAAAGAGUAUCGUAAUUUUGAUGACUACUAAGCUUAAUACGUUCAAAAUGUGGUCUAAACCAUCAAGCAACACAUAAUAAGUGCUUAUAUAGUCUCUGAAGCACCAUUGAUUCAUCAAUUGAAAGAUGCAAUUGUUUACGUUGCUUCUAGGGACUUUCCUACUUAAUGGCCCAAUCUAAUGGCUGAACUAAAUCAAUUCCUCGCACAUCCCGAUUAUGUAUACAAAACCUUGAAACUCAUCUACAAAUUGACUGAAAAAUAUGUUUAUCAAUCGAGGAGUGAUCCUCUCUAUGAAGAAAUCAUUAUAACAUGCGACACAACCCAUCACAAUUUAUUAUUGUUGGCUAAAUCAUUGAUACAAUAAAUAGAAGCCCUUCAAAACCUGUAAUUAUCAUAUGAAAUUCUGAAAACAUUACUAAAAGUGUUUUACAAUUUAAAUUUUUAAGACUUGCAUCCUCAUUUCGAAGACAAUCUCUAAUCCUGGAUGGAAUUCAUGAAGGUCGUUCUCCGACUCUAGCCAGUCCAAGGAGUCGAGCAAUUCCUAUUCAAAUGCAAGGGUGAAGCUCUUAAAUGUGUGUUAUUGUAUGCGAUGAAGUAUCGUGAUGAUUUUGGUGACUUGAUCCAAGUGUUCUCGAGUGAAAUCUGGAAUGUAUGCACCCAGACCAGUGCUGGAAGAGACAGUGACAAGAUUGUAUUAUGUGCUCUUAGAUACUUCAAGACCCUAAUAGCUUGGUAAGAUAUGAAGGCCUUCUUCGAGCAGAACAUAAAGAUUCUUAUAGAGAGUCUAAUUAUAAGGAAUUUAUCUUUGUCAAAGGAUGAAAUCGGGAUGUUUUCAGAUGAACCAUAAGAAUUCAUUGAGAAGUUUUUCGAGUAAAGCGACUUAGAAUCCAGAAGGGCACAAGCUGUCGAACUCUUUAAGACAGUCACUAAACACUUUAAUCAAUAGGUCAAUCUCAUCAUUUAAGAAUACCUAUAGGCUUACAUUCAAUCGGGAAUGAAUGGAGUCGAUAAUGAAAUAAUUCUUAUCAACUUGAUUAUCGAAGCCAGCACCAGUUCAUUCACUUCAAAAGAUGGAACUAUCGAUAUCAUUCUAUCACAAGAAAAUGUCCUUGGAUUUUAUACUCACUGUUUGAAGCCUAAAUUAGGAUAAAUAUUUGAAAUGCAAUAAUAGAAUUAAUCAGUUGAAUCUAAGUUCACUCCAAUUCAAUUGGCAUUCUAUUGUAGAUACUUGUUCUAUUUCAGAAAUGUGAUUGACAAGGUAGAAUUACCAACUCUUGCCACUCUAGUUUCAAAACUAUAGUUAAGCAAAAAGACUACUUUAUCCAACAUUGCCUGUUAUACUGCUUAUUCAUUAAUUAAUGUUAGACAGGAUGUCAAGAAUUAUGCUAAUCAUUAGCUUUACUUUGAAAAUGUCAACAUUUCACAAUAUUUGCAAUUGAUAUUGACUGAUUGCUAUAAUAAUAUUAAAUAAUAAUAGAAAUUAGAAACAUACAGUUUGAAACUUACAAAUUCAUUGAUUAACUUAUUGAAAUAAGAGAUUUUCAAUGCCAUUGCUGCAUUAUGCAAUUUACUCUAAGAUUUGCUGAAGAAUAUCAAAUUAGAAUAUGAGUUUUAGAAUGUCCAUUUGGUUUUUGAGAUAAUAGCAAGUGUGAUUGAUGUGUGUAUCAUUGCCAAGAACUCCGAAGCUGCCAAUUAGUUAUAAUAAAGCAUAUUGAAUUAGCUAGACGAAUUACUAAGAGAAAACAAGGGAGACGUUACUAAUUUCGUCUUGCAAAUUUACUCACUCUUCUUAUAGGUUUAGACUAAUGCCUCCUCGUAUUAUCAAAAUCUAUUACAAAACUUCCUUGAAAUUUAAAAUUGGAAUGAGUCGAACUCCUCCUUGUUUUAAGCAUAUAUCAUAUUCUUCCAAUUUGGAUUCUAAGGAACUAAUUUACCCACAGCUUAAUUACAGACAAUCCUAAAAUCAAUUGUUUCUCAUAGCACACCAUCAUACACAGAAUUAUCCAAAUUCCUCAUCAAAUCCAAUUCGCAAUGGACAAACAUAGUUUUGGCUAUCAUUUUUGAAUAAUACAAUAUACAACAGCAAUCUUAACCUUAAAUAUCCUCAAAAUCAAAAGCAACCCAUUUGAGUUAGCGAUUAAUCAAUAAGGAAGUAUUUCUAUUGCUAGCUCAUGUCUUUACAACUUAUGGAGUAGAAGUACUUGUCAAUGAAUGCUCUAAGAUCUCUCCUCAAUUACUAGAGAGCUUUUUAAUUAAUGAACUAGGAAUCAUAAAGUCUAUUUCUUAGAGAAGCGAAAGAAAAUUUAUAUUUACUAUGUUAUCUGCCAUAUUGUUUUCUGGAUAGUACAUUAUUCAUUUAAUACUUAGAUUCUUGACUUAACAAUCAUGGAAUCAUGUCUUUUAGGCUAUGGUUGAAAACAUAACCCUUAAAAAACGAAAUCCUCUGAAGUUCAUGGGAAGAGUGACUGAUAGGGAAGUGACAUCAAGUUCAGGAUUCCAACCCUUGAAACCUGUUAUUGCUAGAAAUAAUCCUGACAAAAUACUAAAUGAUGAAGAUAAAUUGUUUAGUGCCUAAUUCAAAACAUAUUAUAGCAAUCCUAUUGUAUAAUAGCAAUUACCAAUUUAAUAAUUAUUAACCAAAUAGCAACAAGAGUUGCUAAGUAAUUUAAUACAAUCUGUUUGAGUAUGAUAUCAAUCAAAUUUAUAAUUUAUUUCA